CCAAACUUUUCCCGGCUUUCGGAACACCAUGCAAAACUGUACGACGCUGGCGUUCGUCCGCCUCAACUACUCCACGCGAAAGCGAAGACGACCGCUCAUCCUGGUAUGGAAGACUCAUUGUCUUUGACGACAAGUGAAGAGAUCACCGAUGACCUGCUUCUGGUAUUCCUAUAUACUCCACCGGUUCUGAGUACUUCUCCCGUGUUCCUAUGGCGGGAUUCUGUGGAGGGGAUGACUCAAAUCACGAGUUCAAGACGAAGCACUUCUCGCUCACUCGAUAAGACUUCUACUGGAGAUGGAAAGCAAAGCAGUAUCGUGACAAUGAUACUUGAGAAACAAGUAGCCACUCCUUCAAAUUUCAGUUUCUCUCUAUGGAACACGAUGAUGGGUGUGUCGCUACUGAGCAUGCCAUGGGCUCUGUAUCAGGCUGGAUUUGCUCUAGGAUUGUUGAUACAACUACUGAUGUGUUUACUAUGCCUCUACACAGCGUAUCUUGUUGUCAAAAGCACUGAAGGUUUAGUGGGGUUACUCGGGAAGCUGGAUGCUGAGGAGAGAUUGUACAUCCCGCCAAUCAUACAACAGCUCAAAGCGAGGGCAAAUGUAAUGAGAUUGUACAUCCCGCCAAUCAUACAACAGCUCAAAGCGAGGGCAAAUGUAAUGCUAACAGUGCCGAUCUAUGUGGCCGUAUUAGUAUUUCCAUUGUUGAACUUCAAAUCGCCGACCUUCUUCACUAAAUUUAAUAUGCUUGGAACCAUUUCUAUCAUGUAUUUACUAAUCUUCAACGGCGUGCGUCUUGUAAAAUGUGGAAUCAAUAUGAAUUUUUCUGAUGUAACAUCGCCCAACUAUGUCAACAAUUUCAAUCGGAAUUUUCCUGCUUUAACUGGAAUGCUUACCAUGUCUUAUUUCAUUCACAACGCUAUCAUCACUAUGCUUCGCAAUCAAAGGAAUCCAGAGAAUAAUGUGAGCAGUGAGACAUCUAUGGAAAGCGCUAACGGGCUCCUUUUUCAUAAUUUCAAUCGGAAUUUUCCUGCUUUAACUGGAAUGCUUACCAUGUCUUAUUUCAUUCACAACGCUAUCAUCACUAUGCUUCGCAAUCAAAGGAAUCCAGAGAAUAAUGUACGAGAUCUCACAAUCGGGUAUGGACUGGUAGGAUUUAGCUACAUUUUUGUGGCCCUCGCUUUCUAUGCAGCAUUUCCUUUACCAAGAAAUUGCAUUGCUGAUAAUCUGCUUAAUAAUUUCCAAGCCAGCAACCCAAUGAGCGCUAUAGCACGUGUACUGAUUUUCUUCCAACUUUUGACAAUCCUUCCUCUUAUUCUGUACCUUAUUCGUUCACAAGUCUCCUGUGCCAUAUUCGACACACCCUGGCCAGGCCGAGCGAAGGUAUUGAUAUUGAAUAUCACCGUUGUGUGCAUUGGUGUAUUGGUAGCGAUAUAUUUCCCUAAAGUCGGCAACAUAAUUCGAUAUUUCGGUGCUUUCUCGGGAUUGAUGUACACUUACGCGCUCCCGUGUAUGGUUCACAUGCGAAUUGCAAAACUUGCUGGAAAGCUCACUGUUUUCAAAAUAGUCGUUCAUGUUGUGAUAAUUAUUUUUGGAAUUGCUAAUCUUGUUGCACAAUUUUUUGUGAGA